CACAACAGUUUUUAUUUUCGCCAAGACGAGAAAAAGCCUCAGCCAAAAGGUGAUAUGUUUGCUAACGAAGACGUUAUAACUGUGUCCUCGGUCGGAGGGGCGUCUGGUAGCCCGGGCAGUGGGGGGCAGUUUCACCUUGCCCCGGGAAAGAUUGAUGAACGCGUGCACAGCAUUCUGGAGCAAGAAAAGCUAGACCGUGCUGAUAUGGAAAAUUGUUGGAAAAAUGAUAUUAGUAAAGCUCAAGAGGAAGUCGAACGCAGGACUGAUAGUCUCGAAGAAAGACAGAGCCUGCUUGAAGUUGAAUUACGUGAUAAGGUUUUAAAGAUUGAAGAGAUCGCCGAAGAAAAAACGAAACUUUACGAGGAAACCUUUGCAAAAUACCAAGGCCAGCUGCUUGGGAAAUACAACGAAUUGAAAUCUAAAAUGGAGGAUCAUUUCAAAAAGGUGUUCGAUAAAAUGCAAGCGGACACGAGGAAAGAAUUCGAGACGAUGCAAAAAAAGUUCAGUCAGAAGGAAAAAGAACUCGACGAGGCCUUUCGAAAAUCACAAGAAAAGUUGGAUGCACGUUAUGCGGAAACGGAACGCCGUUUGGAGGAGGGGGCGAAGAAAACAGCCGCGGAACUGCACGAAAAAUCCAAAAGGUUUUGCGAAACUCUUCGUAAGGAGACCGUUUCAAACUUCCAGUUCGCAAAGGAACAACUUGAUCAGUUCGCGGGCGACAAAAUCAAAGAGAUUAUCAAAAUUGAGAAGGCGGCGGAGGCAAAAUUCGAAGCGCAGGCCUUAGCUUACAAGAAGGAUUCGGACGACAAGACUGAUAUGGCACGUAAGGAGUUGAUCAACAUCAUGGAGAAUCGUACAACGAGACAUCACAAGGAAAUGAAAGAGGGAUGUGCCAAUAAUUUGUCAAAAAUGGAAGAAAUGGCUGCCAAGCUUGAACGAAGAAUACAAUCUUUAGAAGAAGUGGCCUGUACGAUACGAUGAAUCCAAUCGACAAAGAGUUUCCUGCAUAAAUUGCCAAGGUAACCAUGUAUGCUUAAUCCCAUCCAAACGUUUUAUCGAAUAGUUGAAAUUCUAUCGAAUAAUUUUGAAACGGAAAGGCAAGAUGCAACUCGUAAUCCUGUCUUACAAAGAACAACGCUAUAAAAUAAAUUAGUCCUGCCUCUUCCAAUUAAUGUUUUUAUUUGACGCGGUCAUUAAAUAUUCGGAACUCAAUCACCAAGUAUGAUAUAGAUUUACUGUUCUAUAACUUGUAUUAUUGCUACAAAUUGAAUCCAGUACAAAGGCCUGUUCGAGGAACUUUUUAACCAUAAACUUAUCCUGCUAAAAAUACAUUAUCUUCGCUUUUUCAGCUCAAUCAAAUGCUUAUUUCCCACGCAAAUGCAUUGCAUACGCAACGCUUGCAUAUAGUAUAUAUUAUAUGUAAUGCUAACAACUAUUCUUUCGACCACGUCCACUAAACCCUGUCCAAACAGAACGAGUUAUGUUUCCCGUAACCCCUAUAAAUCUUAUACGUUAGAUUAUAAGAGUUCGAACGGUUAGAUCGGCAAGACACACAAGACAAUUAUCGUUUUCCCUAUGAAAAUAGUAAAGUUGUUUCAUUCACUGUCGAUUCCCAUGCAACAAGUUAUCUUUAAGGAAUUAGUUUCACACAUUACCUUGUUCCUUACAAGCAAUUUUUUGUCGAA